UGCGAGCAUCUUCACGUAGGGGACUCGUGUUGUUAUUCAUCGGUGAAUAUCGCUCUCUCUGACAAGGAUUAAAAGGAUUUUAAUGCAAAUAACUCGUUAUCUUCGGUGAAUGCGCCUAACCUGGACGUGGGAAAAAGCGGAACGGAGAACGGUCAACUUGAUCUAUUUGUCCGGGUUGCUGCAUUCUCCACCGCAGCGAACAACAUCCAAAACCGACUCUUGCAAUGGAAAUAGGAAUCCAGAACUAACAUACAUCCUGUGACCAACUCUUUUCUUCCAGUUUUUCUGGAAACAUUAGGAUGGCGAACUUGAAAAUUGCUUGGAAAAUACUUCAUUUAGAAUAGGCCUACAACUUAUACACAACAAAUUUCUUUGUUUUUUUAAAAUGGCUUCUUAGCCUCUGGGAAUAACGGUGUGUGCAUUCAUUAGUUCAAGAAAGUUUAAAGGAGUGCAUUAACGUCAGUGCAAAUUUGCAGGCUUCGUUGUCCGAUGAUGCUCUAACGUUAGUUGCCGGAGAUGACUCUAGCAAUAUGCUCAGAUUUCAGAGUUAUGUUUCUAUAGCCUAUAAAUAAGCCUAUUUGGAUGUUGAGUGUAUGCAUUAUUACGCGUUAUUACUAGGCUAUCCCAUGCAUACGCCAGUGCUUUGUUUACAAAUGAUGUAUUACCAAUAAGUGACGUAUAGUUGAGUCACUCCAGCUGUUUAAGUGUGAAUAAGGGAGUCUUCACCAGAAAAGUAGACCUUUACCUGUUUCUAAAGUAGAAUGGGUGGGGACUGCCGAGGAAUGCGUCGACGCACAUGGACUAAAUAUUCAAAUACGAGACCCCAGGACAUACAAAUAUAUUUUGGGGCAUUUCUUAUGCUGUACUUGGUGUUUUACACCGAAGCAUCAGUCUCCAAGUCCUGUGAUAAAAAUUGCUUCUCUGGGAAAUGCACCAAUGGGACUUGCGUCUGUGACCAAGGAUGGGUAGGAGACCUGUGUCAACACUGUCAGGGAAGAUUCAAGUUAACAGAGUCAUCGGGUUCCCUCACCGAUGGACCAAUCAACUACAAGUACAAGACCAAGUGCACCUGGCUGAUCGAGGGCUACCCAAACGCUGUGCUCAGGUUGCGCUUCAACCAUUUUGCCACGGAAUGUAGCUGGGACCACACGUACGUCUAUGACGGAGACUCCAUCUAUGCACCUCUGGUCGCAGUAUUCAGCGGUCUCGUUGUCCCGGAAACGAGAGGGAACGAGACUGUUCCGGAAGUGGUAGCCACCUCUGGAUACGCACUGUUGCACUUUUUCAGUGACGCUGCCUACAACCUGACUGGAUUCCACAUCUCCUACUCGGUCAACUCGUGCCCCAAUAACUGCUCAGGCCAUGGGAAAUGCAGCACAGGGAACUCCAUCGCCAGCCGGGUGUACUGUGAGUGUGAUAAGUACUGGAAGGGCGAGGCCUGUGACAUCCCCUACUGCAGGAACAACUGUGGCAGCCCCGACCAUGGCUACUGUGACCUCACUGGGGAGAAAAGCUGUGUCUGUAACGACAGCUGGCAAGGCCCAGACUGUGCUCUGUCAGUACCAUCCACAGAGUCUUAUUGGGUGAUGCCUAAUGUCAAGCCCUUCGGACAGUCUCUGGGCAGGGCCUCCCAUAAGACUGUGGUCCACGGGAAACUCAUGUGGGUCGUUGGAGGAUACACCUUCAACUACAGCUCCUUCCACAUGGUGCUCAAUUAUAAUAUGGAGAGCAGCACUUGGGAUGUGGUGCCAAUCAAUAGUGGUCCUCUGCAGAGAUAUGGCCAUUCUCUGGCUCUCUACCAGGACGACAUCUACAUGUAUGGGGGGAAGCUGGAGGCCGGUUCAGGCAACGUGACAGAUGAGCUGUGGGUCUUUAACAUCCCUAGUCGAACUUGGUCCCUGAGGACCCCGAGCAGCCUGGUCCAGGGACAGCCCUACGCCGUGGAGGGACACUCCGCCCACCUGACUGAGCUGACCAAUGGGGACCUGGUGAUGGUGGUCAUCUUCGGCUACUCACCCGUCUACAGCUACAUCAGCAAAGUGCAGGAGUACAACAUCAGGACAAACUCCUGGCAGGUCCCUGAGACCAACGGGGCCAUCGUCCAGGGUGGCUAUGGCCACAGCAGUGUGUAUGACAGCUCCGGCAGGUGUGUGUACAUCCACGGGGGCUACAAGGCCCUGCCUGCCAACAAGUAUGGCCUGGUGGACGAGCUGUAUCGCUAUGAGGUGCAGACCCGGACCUGGAUGAUCCUGAGAGAGAGUGGUCUGGCACGGUACCUCCACACUGCAGUGCUGAGCAAUGGGGCUCUGCUGGUGUUUGGAGGAAACACCCACAACGACACGUCCCUUAGUAAUGGAGCCAAGUGCUUCUCGGAUGACUUCCUGGCCUACGACAUAGCUUGUGAUGAAUGGAAAGUCCUGCCCAGGCCAGAUCUCCACCGUGAUGUCAACCGCUUUGGCCACACCUCUGUUGUCAGCAAUGGGUCCAUGUAUGUGUUUGGAGGCUUCUCUGGUGUGCUGCUGAAUGACGUGCUGGUCUACACCCCUCCCAGCUGCCAGGCCUUCGAUGAGGAGCAGCGCUGUGCCAACGCUGGCCCUGGUAUCCGCUGUGUCUGGUUUAGGGACCACUGUGUCCCCUGGGACACCGGCCAUGCCAACGGCAGCGUGCCCGCUCCCUUCUGCCCAACACGCACCAAUAGUGAAGACGAGAGGUGCUUCAGGUUCUCUGACUGUGUUAGCUGCACUGCCAACACCAAUGGCUGCCAGUGGUGUGAAGACAAGAAGUGCAUCUCUGCUUCCAGCAACUGCACUGUGCUGACCCUGGAGCUUGCGCAGCAGCAUAGAGGUCCUCUGUCCCUGGCCCCUCCCCCGUCCAUGCUGUCUGAACAACAGCUCUCUGUGUGGAAGCAAGGGGCAAAGAGGAUGGGACACUCUGUAAAGAACUUCGUCAAAUGCCAUGUGAGAAAUGAACAUAUCUGCAGUAAGCUGGUCAACUGUAAGAGCUGCUCCCUCAACCUCCACUGUCAAUGGGAGCUUCAGCAACAGGAGUGCCAUGCCAUCCCUGCUCAGCUCUGUGGGGAAGGCUGGCAUCAUGUUGGGGAGGCUUGCCUCAGGAUCAACUCCAGCAGGGAGAGCUAUGACAAUGCCCAGCACUACUGUAAGAACCUGGACGGGAACAUAGCCUCCCUCACCACCGCCAAGCAGGUGGACUUUGUACUGGACGAGCUGCAGAAGUACCAGCUACAAGAGAAGAAGUUAGCUCCGUGGGUGGGCCUAAGGAAGAUCAACAUCUCGUACUGGGGCUGGGAGGACAUGUCUCCCUUCACCAACUCCUCUCUGCAGUGGCUGCCCGGGGAGCCCAGCGACUCAGGCUUCUGUGCUUACCUGGAGAGGGUAGAGGUGGCAGGGCUCAAGGCCAACCCCUGCACCGCCACAACUGAUGGACUCAUCUGUGAAAAACCAGUCGUGAGCCCCAAUCAGAGUGCCCGCCCGUGUAAGGCGCCCUGCUCCCUGCGCACCACCUGUGCCAACUGCACCAGCCAGGCCAUGGAGUGUAUGUGGUGCAGCAGCACCCAGCGAUGUGUGGACUCCAACGCCUACGUCAUCUCCUUCCCCUACGGACAGUGUCUGGAGUGGCAGACUGGAGUCUGCGUCUCUCAGAACUGUUCGGGCCUGAGGACGUGUGGCCAGUGUUUGGAUCAGGCAGAAUGUGGCUGGUGUGGAGACCCCACUAACACAGGGAAAGGCCAGUGUAUGGAGGGUUCAUACCGCGGGCCCAUGAAGAGCCCCUCCAGACAGACCAGAGAAAGGGAGAGUUACCGAGACAUGGUACUGGAGCCUGGUCUUUGCCCCAGAGAUAAAGGGUUCGACUGGGCCUACAUCCACUGCCCUGCCUGCCAGUGUAAUGGCCACAGUACCUGUGUCAAUGGUAGUGCUUGUGAGCAGUGCAGGAACUUGACCACUGGACUGCAGUGCCAGACCUGCAUGCCUGGUUACCAUGGAGACCCCACUAACGGUGGGAAGUGCCAGGCUUGCAAGUGCAACGGACAUGCCAAUCUAUGUCAGGUGUCGACAGGGAAAUGUUACUGUCAAACCAAGGGGAUCAAGGGAGACCAGUGCCAGCUUUGCGACUCCGAGAACCGUUACCUUGGCAACCCCCUCAGAGGAACGUGCUACUACAACCUGCUGAUUGACUAUCAGUUCACCUUCAGCCUUCUCCAGGAGGAUGACCACCACUACACCGCCAUCAACUUCAUGGCCACCCCUGAACAGAGCAACAAGAACUUGGACAUGUCGAUCAAUGCAUCCAACAACUUCAAUCUCAACAUCACCUGGUCUAUUGGAUCAACAGCUGGCACCAUCUCUGGCGAAGAGGUACCCAUUGUGUCCAAGACCAAUAUCCAGGAACACAGAGACAGCUUCUCCUGUGAGAAGUUCAACUUCCGGGUCAACUCCAACAUCACCUUCUAUGUCUAUGUCAGCAACUUCUCCUGGCCAAUCAAGAUCCAGGUGAGGUUUUGUCAGUAG